AUGGCACCAGCGCUGGUUGCUGCAGUUGAUCUCAAGGACUAUACAAACUCGACCCAAGGCCUUAGCUACCAGACCCUGUCUUUCGUUGGCAAUACCUUCGUCCGCGUCACCGAUGAAUCAAUCGACCAAGCCCUCAUCCACCUACAGCAGUCUGUAGGCCGGUUUUCCAACUAUAUCGGCGUCGCCUCGCUCACGUCCAUCGACGACAUCAUCUCCCUCCUUGAUGCUGGCGCUGCCAAGGUCUUUGUCACUCGCCACCAACUCGACGAGCUCAAGUCAUUGAACAUCAAUCAGGACAGGAUAGUCUUGUGUCUACCGGACAACAAGACAGAAGUGAUUGAUGCAAUCGCAGGCACCCAGGUCGAUGUCUACUGGCACCAGGCUCACGACAUCGAGCUCGUCGAGGCUUGGUUAAAAGAAUAUGGGACAGACCGACCUAAUGUCUUUGUUUCGUUUCAAACGCCGAACCUCGAAGAUGUCCUGAAGAUAGCAAAGUCGUCGGCGAUACCGAUUAUACCCGCAGAGAGUCUCACCGUCGAUACACAAAAGGAACCGGGGUUAUUGAGCGUCGCGAAGCUCCUCAUGGCCAAUGCGACCAGCGACCGACCGGACGGUCUAUUUACAACUCUCGUCACCGAUGAGCGAGGAGUCGCCCUGGGACUGGUCUACAGCAGUGGGGAGAGUGUUGCAGAAAGUCUAAGAACGGGUAGAGGUGUAUACCAGAGCCGGAAGCGAGGACUGUGGUAUAAAGGCGAGAGUAGUGGAGAUAUCCAGGAGCUUGUUUCCAUCUCGCUGGACUGCGACAAUGACUGCUUGCAGUUUGUAGUACGUCAAAAGGGAAGAGGCUUCUGUCAUCUUGCUACACCAACUUGCUUCGGCCAGUACCACGGUCUGUCGAAACUGCAGCAAACCCUCCAAGACCGCAAGGCCUCGGCCCCUGAAGGCUCAUACACCGCACGACUCUUCAACGACUCACAGCUAUUGAGAGCGAAGAUCCUCGAGGAGGCUGCCGAACUUUGCGAUGCCAACACAAAGCGAGACAUCGCGUUUGAGGCGGCCGACCUUUUCUACUUCGCCUUGACCAAGUGCAUAUCCGCUGGAGUAUCUCUAGAGGAUGUCGAGCGUAACCUCGAUGCGAAGAGCAUCAAGGUGAAGAGACGGAGAGGCGAUGCCAAACCUGCUUUCGCCGCGCAAGCCGCAGUAACCAAUGGCGGUACAACCGCUACUAUGAAGGAACCAAGCACUAAGGAGGUUAUCAAAGAGGCUACUUCAGUACCUAAGAGCAAGGACGACCCAGCUGGAACCAAAAAUGGACGCAUCGCUAUGCGCCGAUAUGUUACUGCAAAUGAAACCCCGGAGACCAUCACUGCCGCCCUGCAGCGGCCAUCUCAGAGAUCGAGUGAAAAGAUCAUUAGCAUCUGCCAACCUAUUAUCGAAGCCGUGAAGACGCGAGGCGAUGCUGCGCUACUAGAAUACACCCACAAGUUCGAAAAGGCUACAUCAUUGACGUCUCCAGUUUUGAGAGCGCCGUUUCCAAAGGAGCUUAUGCAAUUGGCUCCAGAGACCGCCAAAGCUAUCGAUAUAUCAUUCGAAAACAUCCGCAAGUUUCAUGCUGCACAGAAAGAAGACAAGCCUUUAAGGGUAGAGACAAUGCCCGGAGUUGUGUGUUCGCGGUUUGCUCGGCCUAUCGAGCGAGUUGGUCUCUACGUACCAGGUGGUACCGCUGUACUUCCAUCUACCGCGCUCAUGCUCGGUGUGCCAGCUAUGGUAGCGGGAUGCAAGAAAAUCAUUCUAGCAACACCGCCGCGAGCAAAUGGCCAAGUGACUCCAGAGGUUGUCUAUGUCGCUCACAAGGUUGGUGCCGAGCAGAUCGUGCUCGCUGGUGGCGCUCAAGCAGUUGCUGCGAUGGCCUACGGCACUGAGAGUGUGUCCAAAGUCGAUAAAAUUCUGGGUCCUGGUAACCAAUUCGUUACGGCGGCAAAAAUGCACGUAGCGAACGACACCAAUGCUGGCGUGGGCAUCGAUAUGCCUGCGGGUCCGAGUGAGAUUUUGGUGGUUGCAGAUGCGUCUUCUAACCCGGUCUUUGUAGCGUCGGAUCUGCUCAGCCAAGCCGAGCACGGUGUCGACUCCCAGGUCAUUUUGAUAGCAGUCGGGCUCAACGAAGUACAAUUAAGUGCUAUCGAAAACGAGCUAAACCAACAAGCAAAUGCUCUUCCUCGGGUAGACAUUGUUCGUGGCGCCAUAGAGCACUCACUCACGCUCGCUGUGGAGACUAUCGAGGAAGCCAUGGCCUUGAGUAACCAAUAUGCACCGGAGCAUCUCAUCCUUCAGGUUGAGAAUGCAGAACGGCUUGUUGACUUGGUCGAAAAUGCUGGCAGUGUCUUCAUUGGCCAAUGGACACCAGAGAGUGUUGGCGACUACUCUGCUGGCGUUAAUCACUCCCUCCCAACCUACGGGUAUGCAAAACAGUACUCUGGCGUCAAUCUAGCCUCUUACGUCAAGCACAUCACCAGUUCCCACCUGACUAGAGAAGGAUUAGAAAACGUAGGCCCUGCCGUCAUGGAGCUUGCGCGGGUAGAAGAGCUCGAAGCCCAUCGUCGCGCUGUUAGUUUACGGCUUGGUGUAGCUUGA